AUGCAGAGUCCAAAGUCUAAGACGGCCAUGCCUACUCUCGCCGAUACACCUACACCCGCACCAAAGGGUGCGACCAAACGCAAAGCAGAAGUCGUCAUCGACCUCGAAAAUAUGCCAGACAAGAGAGAAGUCAAGCCGUUCAGACCAGUCAGCAAAACUCCUGAAGAGAAGGAGGAAGAAGCCUUCUUCCAGGUGUCUGUCACAGCAAAUGCCAAGUUCGACAAGAUCCCAAUUGCGUUGCGCAACAAACUCGAGGCAGCCUGUCAAACAGCCUUCUACAAGCACAUGUUCUCCCUCAAAGCCGGCACGAUGCCGGAGUAUCGCCAGCAAUACGAUGUCUGCCUGGGGUUACGCACACGCACGUUGUCUAUGAAGUUCGAAACCACAGUUGCCGUUCCGAACGUCUUGGAUCUCAGCAUGGCUAACGCUGCACUGUUGGACUACUUCACUAAGUGCUUCAAAGGUACGCAUCGUCUGCUGACGAAGGAGGCGUGCGUAGAGCUCAAGAGUCAGGGAGGUUUGCUUAAUCCGGAAUUCAUUGAGUUGUAUGCUGUUCGGCAUGGCGAACUGGGCUGGGGCUUCGAUGCCGGUGGCUGCCUCUCGCUGUACAUUACAAGCGUGACUGACCACAGACUGAAGGAAAAGGUUUUGUACGUCAAAGCUGGUGGGGUUAAACUCAAGGAAGAGGAUUGA